AUGAUUCAACUUGUGUUAAUGAAUAUCCAUUCAGCUGGUCUCGGCACUGAAGUGUUCAUGACUCCUCAACCAAACUCUGCGAAAACUGGUGCUCAGCAAUUCGACGAAAUGUACAACAACUUGAGAAACUCGAACAUUAAUGUUCGAGCCGUAUGGAUUCAGGUGACAUCACCAAUCAACUGGUCCUUAGUCACCACCAACAAUGUCAAUUUCCUAAACAGUAUCCUUUCUAGAGCUAGGCAAUACGGUAUUACUGUUGGAAUUUACACAAACUAUUACGAUUGGAGUCAAAUAACGAAUGGGGCGAUGGUCAGCAACGUCAUGCUGUGGUACUGGAAUGUGUAUGGAGGUGGUCCGCAGAACGAGACUCCAGCCGACUUUAGCGAUUUCCGUCAAUUUGGAGGAUGGACGGUACCAUCAGUGAAGCAGUUUGCCCAGGUCGAGUCCGUUUGUGGAGUGACUGUGAACAGAAACGUCUACACCACGUCUUCUGCGCCAAAAGGUAUGGCCACUAUGGCUAAAUCUGCGAAAUCCGACGAAAUCACCGUUGGUGGUCUGUUAUUUGAAAAUGCGGCGAUUAUGUAUCACCUCGCUAUGCUCGGUGCUCUAUCUGUGAGCUGCUUCGCCAGCCCCGCCGCUCAACAGGAGAUCUUACAGCAGGCAAAGCCUUCCAAACUGAAUACGCUGGCAUAUGCCCUCGACCUGUCGGUCCAAGCGACUCCAUCCGAUAUGUCGUGUUUUCAAAGAUCUCUCUAUAACGUCAUUUUUGUCAGGUUAGCCCUUCCGUAUGGCAUAAUGAAAAGUCUAAGUCCGAGAAAAAACACUGUGAAUUCUUCUUCAACUUCAUUUGUACUAACAGUACACAUUGCAGAGGCUACACCCCUGUCGGUGCCGGAACAGUCGAUCCAUUCGCAACCCUCAAUAUUCGGAACGCCAACAGCGGUUUUAUAUUACAUGAAAUACUUGACGGAUACCCAUUCAGCUGGUAUCGGCACUGAAGUCUACAUGACCCCUCAACCGAGUUCUGCGAAAACUGGAGCUCAACAAUUCGACGAGAUGUACAACAACCUGAAAAACUCGAACAUCAAUGUUCAAACCGUAUGGAUUCAGCAAAAGAGAUCAGUCAGGUGGUUUCAGGUGACGUCACCAAUCAACUGGUCUUCAGUCAGUACCACUAAUAUCAAUUUCCUCAACAGCAUCCUUGCUAGAGCAAGUCAAUAUGGCCUCACCGUCGGAAUUUACACAAGCUAUUACGAUUGGAGUCAAAUAACAGGUGGAGCAGUAAUCACAAAUGCUAUGCUAUGGUAUUGGAAUGUGUAUGGCGUAGGCCCUUAUGAUGAGAGUCCGGCCGACUUCAGCGACUUCCGCGCUUUCGGUGGAUGGUUGUCAGCGGCUGUGAAGCAGUUCGGUCAAAACGAGAAUGUUUGUGGAGUAAAUGUGAACAGAAACGUCUACCUCACGUCUUCUGCAAUGUCUGGCAUGGCUAAGUCUGAGAAAUCCGAUGAAAUCGUCGUUGAUAUGCUGAAAAUCGUAGCACUCGCCACAUGUUUGGUGAUGAACUGUAACGCCAGCCCAAUUUUGGAGCCCAUGAAGAUCGAUCAGGACGAUGCUUCAGAACUGGCUAGUAUUGCGUACGCUGUCGACCUGUCCGUUUUAGCUUCGACAGCCACAUAUCAAUGCAUGAAACAAAGUCUGUACAACGUCGCUUUCAUCAGAGGUUAUACUGGAGCUUAUCAAGGUCAGAUCGAUCCCUACUCCGUCAUGAACAUUCAGAAUGCUGCUGCUGCUGGUCUUGGCACUGAGGUUUAUAUGACUCCUCAACCGCUCUCUUCGAAAACUGGUGCUCAACAGUUUGAUGAGAUGUAUAAUAUGCUAAUUGGAGCCAAUAUCUAUGUUAAAUCUAUAUGGGUUCAGGUAACAUCACCCAAUAACUGGUCGACAUCUAGCUCUAUGAAUGUCAACUUCCUCAAUAGCAUUCUUGCAGAAGCUCUUGCCAGUACCGCAUCCGCUUUCGACUUGGCCUACUCGGCUUCGGUAUCAACAUUCCAGUGCUUCAAGCAACUAAAGUACAAUGUUGCUUUCAUUAGAGCCUACACUGGAGAUUUUCAAGGGCAGAUUGACCCCUACUCUGUCACCAACAUCCAAAAUGCCGCUGCUACUGGACUUGGUACCGAAGUCUAUAUGACCCCUCAGCCUACCUCUUCUAAGACGGGAGCUCAACAAUUUGAUGAAAUGUACAAUAUGCUAAUUGGAGGGAACAUUUACAUCAAAUCCAUAUGGGUGCAGGUAGUGUCUCCCGAUGACUGGACCUCAUCCAGCACUACCAACAUCAACUUCCUUAACAGCAUACUUACUCGAGCUAUGCAAUUAGGUCUGACUGUUGGUGUCUACACGAGCAAGCAUGAAUGGAACCAGAUCACUGAUCAUGCCACCACUCUGAAUGUCAGGUUAUGGUACUGGAAAACGAAUGGAAGUGGGGAAGCAGACGAGUCUCCAGCCAACUUCAAAGACUUCAAGGAGUUCGGCAGCUGGACAACUCCUACAGUGAAACAAUACGGACAAUUCGAGACUAUCUGCGGAUUGAUUGUGAACAGAGAUAUCUACAGUACAUCAUCAGCUGUAGCCGGGGAUAUGGCACGUGAAGAGACAUCUGAUAGGAUCGUCGUCGGUGGACUAGGACUUGAAGACCUAGCUGUAACAGCACCUUCGACAAUAUCGACGUCAACAUUCAAGUGCUUGAAAGAGAACCACUACGAUGUAGUUUUUAUCAGAGGCUAUACUGGAUCCUAUCAGGGGCAAGUCGACCCUUUCUCAGUUUUGAACAUCCAGAAUGCCACUGCAGCUGGGCUUGGUAUUGAGGUCUACAUGACCCCACAACCAGCUUCUGCCUCUAAGACCGGUGCUCAACAAUUUGAUGAGAUGUACGAGAAGCUACAAGACGCCAACAUCAGUCUUCGUACUAUAUGGGUGCAGGGCAUGCUUCAGGUGACCUCACGCGAGGACUGGUCCGAUUCGAGCACAACUAAUGUCAACUUUCUCAACAGCAUUUUCGAACGAGCUCUUGAACAUAAUAUUUCUAUCGGUAUCUACACGAACAGCGAAGAUUGGGACAAAAUCACCGACUCGGCCUCUACUAGGAAUGUGAAGCUCUGGUACUGGAGCGCAAGAGGCAGUGGAGCAGUAAAUGAGUCAGCGCCCAACUUUGACGAUUUCCAACCAUUUGCCAGUUGGACGUCGCCAUCGGUGAAACAGUUCGCCAAGUUCGAGACUAUCUGCGGAGUUAUUGUCAACAGGAACAUCUACAAAACUUUCCCUGCUGGUUCGACUGGUCAGGAUACCUCUAAACCAAUCGUUGUCGGUGGAGUUGGACUGGGAGGAGCACAUUUUACUGGAAGAGCGGAAAUUGUACCUUAA